GUAACCUUUCUUCCAUCUUGCUUUCGUGUACAAAGUGCACUUUCGUCUAACAUUUGUACGAAAAAAGAGGCAGUAACAAAGGUAGUUUGGCCGUUCAUCCAAUAUAAGCUGCAUCACAAAAUAUUAUAAUUGAAAAGAUGUUUCUGUGGGACUGGUUUGCAGGAAUAUUAAAUUAUUUAGGUUUAUAUAAAAAGUCGGGUAAGCUUGUGUUCCUGGGACUUGAUAAUGCUGGAAAGACAACAUUACUACACAUGCUCAAAGAUGACAGAAUGGCCCAGCACGUUCCCACAUUGCACCCAACAUCAGAAGAAUUGUCAAUGGGUGGCAUGAGGUUCACAACAUUUGACCUUGGUGGCCAUCAGCAAGCUCGACGUGUGUGGAAAGACUACUUCCCAGCAGUAGAUGGCAUUGUUUUCCUUGUGGAUGUGUGCGACAAAGAAAGAUUUGCAGAAGCAAAAGCAGAAUUAGAUAGUUUAUUAACAGAUGAACAGGUAGCUCACGCCCCUGUACUUGUCCUGGGAAACAAGAUUGACAAAGCUGGUGCUGCCAGUGAGGAUGAAAUCAGGCACUGGUUUGGUCUUCAUGGCCAGACAACAGGCAAGGGUACAGUUGCAAGAAAAGAGCUUCCUGGCCGUCCGAUGGAGCUGUUUAUGUGUUCAGUACUGAAGCGACAGGGAUAUGGUGAAGGAUUCAGGUGGCUGGCACAGUAUAUCAAUUAAGAAAAACACUCUUUAGGACAGUUUUUUUAGUUUUAUUGCUCUGGAUGGAUAUAAGUAUGAAAAGAAACCAACUUCUGCAUGUAUUCUUGAUGCACUGUAUGGUAGCAACCUGGAUGAUACAGGGACCCGUUUUCUACCACCUGUAUGGCGUUACAUGUGUAUGAUAUAGGUAGAGGUUUGGUGUGAAGUGUGUAUGAAUGUUGUACUAAUGUUAUGGGUGACAUAUUCUCAUUUUUUUCUGGCUUUUUCCAAAAUAUUUCAAACCUACAGCAUUUUUCUGGUUUUUUUUUCCGUUUUUUUUUUUACCAAAUUAUAAUUUUAGUUUCUUGAUAUUUUUGUUGGACUGUGCAUUCAUCCUUAACCUGACAUAUUUUGUCAUUUUCUCAAAUGUAAAAGGGGUUUCAGCAGAUUGAGUAUGACAGGAUUUUGAACCAAACAGGUUUUGAUAAGGGAAAAUGUAAAAAUGAAGUUAGGCGGGGCAUUUCCUGUAGAACUUGAUUGUGUGUUAGGUUGUGGUUUAAUGUCGGAAGUCAGGAGUGUUUAACAUUACAUCUCGAGUACCAUUUUGCCAUGUUAUUAAUGUUCUGGGGAUGCAUUAACAUCUGUAAAUAAAAACAAUGUCAUCAAGAAUACAUAAGAUUCACUUGUAAAGAUUUGGUAGGUAAACAUAUUUGCCAUUUAAGUGUUAAAAAGUAUUUUACAUCGGAUAUAUACUAGUAUUGCUUCUAAAACGUUUCUACUGAUUUUUUUUCUUUUGUGAUUUGUUAUCAAUGACAUGUUGUUAUUACAGUGAUAUAUAUUUAACAAGAUAUGUUAGUAUAACCAGCUUCUGCAAAGAUCAUUUUCAUGGUUUCCUAGAUCUAUCAUUGCAUUCUCAAUGGUGAUUAAGGUAUAGCCUUUGAUAUUCAUAAAAAUAACAUCUUCAUAGAUUUGUUGUUGUUGAUGUAUUUGAAUUUUUUGGAGAAUUGCAAAUUGUAUAUGGAAACUUUGCAGACUUAUUUUGUCAAGCUUGUCUCCCCAAAUGGUACAGAUGGAAUUAUUGUAGUAAACAAAAUGUAAAGAUUAUAUUUGAAGGAGAUUCACUCAAAUGUCAGUAAAUUCAAUUGUAAUGAGGAAUUCAUCUUAAAGUCUUUAUUAGUGACAACCGACAGUAUGCAGGGAUCUCAUACCCUAGUUACCUCCCUUGUGUACACUAUCUUAUUUGUCAACUUUUGUGAUGAAUUUGGUGAUUAUAAUUUUGUUUCACAAUUGACUAACUGUGACUUUAUUUGUUUUCCAUGGGUAUAUAUUUUUGGUUAAUCAUUCUUUGAAAUGUUAAAUCUGCUCUACCUGUUCAGAAUGUACCAUUCAACAGUACAUUGAUUAACCCAAUAAAAUAUUUUUUUUUGUAAAACAUAUUUUACUUGCACCAUCGAUAAAAAGAUCAUUUAUUAUAUAGCAUCAAUAACUUAAGGUGCAUAUUUAACAGGCGAUUUGCAUUAAUAUGUGACCAAAUAAAUUAACAGAUAUAAAACCUUGUCAGCCACUAAGCAUCAUGUUGGACAGAUCUGAGUGCUUAAAAGUAAUUUUGUGUCUUUAUUUAAAUUUUGAUUCCACCAUGUAUAACAAUAGCUGGUUUGGUUUCAUGAUGUUGGUGGUGGGCGGUACCUCCUCACCAUUCUUUAUUUGUAAUGAUUAAUUAUGUUACACAGCCGGCCAUUAAGGUUAUGUUACUAUCACUGUGUUGCAUACAAUCUGUUUGAAUGACAAGACGUGAAUAAAGUAAUUUGUAAUAAAGGAAA